AUGGAUUCCUCGGGAAGAGUGAGAGAGUAUGUCGAGUCGACCGCAAGAUCGCAGUCGGGUCGAGGACUCCGCAUCCCCGAGGGUAUGGAUAUCAUAGUAAUUUAUACCAACAAGGGUAACCCAGAAAUCAUCGAUCAACCCGAGAGAGAUGCAAAGAAUAUGAUGAGGGCUAAGGAAAAACGCCCUCGACACCCAAUGCAGGAGGAUAUUGAAUCGCUCCCUCUCUACUUGAAUCCCGUCCUCGAGUCACUUGCGCUCUGCCUUUGCGCGAGGCGGACGAAUGUUUCAACUUGCGUUAUCUCCCCCGAAGGUGCCGAUGUACGAUUCAAAACUACAUGCAAUCCAUCAGUGAUGGAGAGGGUGAUUGGAUGGCGUAGUGUCUAG